AUGCCUCACUCCACGGAUAUCCCUUCCUUUGCGGCCUCCCAACUCACCCUCCUUGACGCCGAACUCCAAGCUGAGCUCUCGGAAACAAAUGCGCUCCUCUCAUCCCAUACUCCCACCGCCCUGUCCCGUGCCGGCCUCGCCAUCUUGAACCUGAAUGUCUCGUCUGUACGCACGGGCUUGGGUGGUAAGACUGUAGUUGAGCUGGCUCUAGAUCCUGCAGUCGUGGCCAAGGGCGAGAAGCCCGACAUACCUGAACAUGGCAUACGCGUGGGCGACAUCGUGGCGGUGCAGGAUCAGCCGAGUGGAAGUGCGAAGAAGACGGAGAAGAAAGAGCUUACCAAAAAGGGUGCUGAGGGUGUGGUGUUGAGGGUGAGAAGGGAGAAUGUGGAGGUUGUACUGGACAAGGAGGAUGCGGAUGUGCCCAGUGGAGGGAAGCUGUGGAUAGUCAAGUUGGCGAACGACGUUACGUAUAAGCGGAUGAACCAGACUAUGAGCAGACUGCAAAAAUUUGGGGAUCAGGACUAUACACCUUUCAUGCGUGUUCUGUUCGGACAGGCUUCACCUACACCUCUGCCCUCGGAUCUCAAUGACCCUUCACACCCACUUCACAAACUCGAGUGGAAGGACCAAUCUUUGAACGACAGUCAGAAAGAGGCGAUUAGGUUUGCCCUAUCCUCUCGAGAAAUUGCUCUCAUCCACGGUCCACCCGGAACCGGGAAGACCCAUACCUUGAUCGAGCUCAUCUUGCAACUUCUCAAGCAGAACCUUCGCCUCCUGGUCUGCGGCCCAUCGAACAUCUCGGUUGAUAACAUUGUGGAGCGCCUGGCCUCCCACAAAGUACCCAUGGUCCGUCUAGGCCACCCAGCACGCCUUUUGCCCUCGGUCCUGAACCACUCUCUUGAUGUGUUGACACGGACUUCCGAGGCCGCUGCCCUCGUUCAAGACGUCCGCACAGAGAUGGACGGCAAACAAGCCUCCAUUCGUAAGACGCGGAACGCCCGAGAACGACGUCAAAUAUACACUGAGCUCAAAGAGCUACGGCAGGAAUAUCGCGAGCGAGAGAAGGGAUGCGUCAACAACCUUGUUGGUGGCAGCAAAGUCGUACUGGCCACGUUGCAUGGCGCUGGUGGUUUCCAUUUAAAAGGGCAGGAAUUUGAUGUCGUCAUUGUUGACGAGGCAAGUCAGGCUUUGGAGGCACAGUGUUGGAUUCCGCUGCUGUGGGUCAAGGCGGGAAAGCUUGUGUUGGCCGGAGAUCACCUGCAAUUACCUCCUACGAUCAAGUCUUUGCACUUCAGGGAUAAGAAGAAGACCAUGAACAAUGCACAGGAUGCAAAGAAGGGCAAGGAUGAGGACGCGAAGAAGACAGAUGGAACAUUGAGGAUCCAAGGCAUGACACUCGAGACUACACUGUUUGAUCGAUUGCUCGCCUUGCAUGGGCCAGGCAUCAAGCGCAUGCUGACGACGCAGUACCGUAUGCAUGAGACCAUCAUGCGCUUUCCUGCUGAUGAGCUCUACGAGUCAAAGCUAGUCGCCGCAGAUUUUGUCAAAGAGCGCCUACUCAAGGAUCUUCCCUACGAAGUUCAAGACACCGAGGACACGCGAGAGCCGCUCGUCUUCUGGGACACACAAGGCGGGGAUUUCGCAGAGAAAGCGGAAGAUGAAGGUGUCACUGGGAAAGGUGGGAAGGGCAUGAGGCUGGGGGACAGCAAGUCGAACGAGGGGGAGGCGGCUUUGGUCAAGAUGCACGUGGGUAAUCUGGUCCAGGCAGGCGUCAAGGCUGAGGACAUUGCGGUUGUGACGCCUUACAAUGGCCAGGUAGGUUGA